UGAAUUUCUCACCUUACCCAGGAAGUUUCUCAAAAGCCAAUCAUCAGAAUUCUUAGUCUGGAGAUUUUUCACUACUCUUUACUGAUAAUAUAUAUAUGGCAAGACUGAACCAAAACUUUCCCCCCUUUCCUCUCUUCUGUUUUCCUUCAAACUACCAAUUUACCUUUGUUCUUUAAUCAUUCAUGAUUCUUUCUAACUUCAAGAAAGAUUCAAAGAUAUAUCCUUUAAAAGAGAAGAAAAUGGCUCAAACUAGAGUGCUAGAGUACUGUAACUGUUUCUUGGUUUUGUUUAUUGUCUUUAUGCCUAUGGUUUUAGGUAGCCCUAGUGUUGGAGUCAACUGGGGAACCAUGUCAACUCAUCAUUUACCGCCUCAUAAGGUGGUUCAAAUGCUGAGAGAAAAUGGGAUCAAGAAGUUGAAGCUGUUUGAGGCUGAUGAAAAAAUCUUAGCAGCCCUCAUUGGAACUGAUAUUGAAGUUAUGUUGGCCAUACCAAAUUACAUGUUGCAGACGAUGAGUGACGAUGCUGAGGCUGCUGCUUCUUGGGUAUAUGCUAAUGUAACUAGUUAUUCAUAUACUGGUGGAGUCAAGAUCAAGUAUGUAGCUGUAGGGAAUGAACCUUUCCUUAAAACAUACAAUGACUCAUAUAUCCACUUAACACUACCAGCCCUAAAAAAUAUACAGGAUGCUAUCAAUCAUGCUGGUUUGGGGUCCAAGGUGAAAGCCACUAUCCCUUUCAAUGCUGAUAUCUAUUACUCUCCUGAAUCAAACCCAGUUCCAUCUGCCGGUGACUUCAGGCCUGAACUCAGAGAUGUUACAAUAGCAAUAAUCCAAUAUCUUCAUUCAAACAAUGCCCCUUUUACUGUCAACAUUUACCCUUUCCUCAGUCUCUAUGGAAACGAUUAUUUUCCUAUGGAUUUUGCAUUCUUUGAUGGAAGCAACAAGCCUGUUAGAGAUGGGAAUUUGGUUUACACCAAUGUGUUUGAUGCAAAUUUUGACACUCUUGUAUGGUCAUUGGAUAAAGCUGGGUAUCCCGAUAUGCAUAUCAUAGUUGGGGAAGUUGGGUGGCCUACUGAUGGAGAUAAAAAUGCCAACAUUAAAAAUGCUAAAAGAUUCAACCAGGGUUUGCUUAAACAUGCUUUGAGUGGAGCUGGAACCCCAGCAAGAAAAGGCACCAUUGAUAUUUAUCUCUUUGGCCUGAUUGAUGAGAAUGCUAAGAGCAUUGCCCCCGGAAACUUUGAGCGGCACUGGGGGAUUUUUGAGUUUGAUGGGAAGCCAAAGUAUGAAUUGGAUUUAUCAGGCUUUCAGGAGAACAAAGGCUUGGCUGCUGCAGAAGGGGUUGAAUACAUGGAGAGGCAAUGGUGUGUUUUGAACCCACAUGCAGAUAACUAUGAAGAAUUGGCAGAUAGUAUAGAUUAUGCUUGUAGCCUUUCAGAUUGUACUGCUUUGGGCUAUGGAUCUUCAUGUAAUCAUCUGAGUGCGAGGGGAAAUGCUUCUUAUGCUUUUAAUAUGUACUUUCAGAUUAAUGACCAGCAUCCUUGGAACUGUGAUUUCUCUGGGUUGGCCAUUGUUACAGAUGAAGAUCCUUCUGAAGGUGACUGUGAGUUUCCUGUGAUGAUAGUUUCUCAUUCUGCACUGUUUAUGCAGAGAAGAGUCGUAGAUAUACUGGUAAGAGUAGUAGGGGGAUUUCUAGUUUUUGCACUUGUUCUAUCAUAGAUUCUAUUUGUGCGUAAUUACUGUUAUAAAUUACCCCAAGAUUAGUAGAA